UUUCUAUUUAUGGCCUUUACUCCUCAUCCUGUUGCUGGGCACCACUGAAAAGAUGAUGAACAUUGGAGUGAUGCUACUUUUUUCAGCUGUUCCCAAUAGUACAUUUCUUAUAGCAGCCCCCAUACAUGGGUAUUUUGGUUUUCUCUCUUCUAGUGACAGGAGGCUUUGAAUCUUUAGAUGGGUUAAGAGAAAAGUUAUUUGAGGGCAAGAAGAUAAGUCAUUUUCUGUGUUGAUUUGCUUUGAUUUAUCAUGCUGUGGAAAUAGUCACUUCUGUUCUUUGGGAGCUUGUUUCAUAGCCAAGCUCUGACUGAUCUCUGACUUUCAGAUAUUCUGUGCUUGAUCUGAUAAGACGUUUCCUUCUCUGUAGCACGUCUGCUGGCAAAUCAUGAAUAGGGACACUGAUAUACAGGUGUGCCUUAGAAUAAAUUGAAUGAAACGUAGGAUCGAUGCAUUGAGGAAUCAGUGCAAACAGAGUGGACACCCAUGUUGGCAUGCCUCUCUUAAUGGCGAGGUGGAUGCAGCUGGGAGGCUUCUGGCUGUGCAAAACAUCUGUAGCCUAGAGAUGUUUGAAUGCCCUAAUGCAGUGUACUGCUGUGGCUGGCUUGUCCUGUAUUUCCAAGAAGCUGCAGGAGAAGCCAAAAAUCUUCCAACAUAUCCGGGGCCAAACAAGAUGAGGGAUUGCUACUGUACUGUAAACCUGGACCAGGAGGAGGUUUUCAGGACCAAAAUAGUGGAGAAGUCAUUAUGCCCCUUCUAUGGAGAAGACUUUUACUGUGAAAUUCCUCGGACCUUUCGCCAUCUGUCAUUUUAUAUUUUUGACAGAGAUGUUUUUCGAAGGGAUUCCAUCAUAGGAAAGGUGGCUAUACAGAAAGAAGAUCUGCAGAAGUAUCAUAACAGAGACACCUGGUUUCAACUCCAGCAUGUUGAUGCUGAUUCAGAAGUACAGGGGAAGGUCCACCUGGAGCUGAGACUGAGUGAAGUCAUAACAGACACUGGUGUUGUCUGCCAUAAGCUCGCAACACGAGUUUUGGAGUGCCAAGGGCUGCCCAUUGUGAACGGGCAAUGUGAUCCCUAUGCCACCGUUACCUUAGCAGGACCCUCCAGAUCAGAAGCCAAAAAGACUAAAGUUAAAAAGAAGACCAACAAUCCACAUUUUGAUGAAGUGUUUUAUUUUGAGGUUACAAGACCCAGUAGCUACAACAAGAAGUCCCAUUUUGACAUUGAAGAUGUAGAUGAAGUGGACAAAAUGGAGAUUAGGGUUGAUCUUUGGAAUGCCAGUAACUUGAAGUUUGGUGAUGAGUUUCUAGGAGAACUGAGACUCCCUUUGAAAUUUCUCCGACAGUCUAGUUCUUACGAAGCAUGGUAUUUUCUGCAGCCUAGAGAUAAUGGUAACAAGUCAUUGAAACCUGAUGACCUCGGUUCCUUAAGGUUAAAUGUGGUUUACACUGAGGACCAUGUUUUUUCCUCAGACUAUUACAGUCCGCUGAGAGAUGUCCUGCUAAAAUCUGCAGAUGUUGAGCCUGUUUCAGCAUCAGCUGCACAUAUUUUGGGUGAAGUUUGCAGAGAAAAACAGGAAGCGGCCAUACCUCUGGUCAGGCUUUUCUUACACUAUGGCAGAAUUGUGCCUUUCAUAAGUGCCAUCGCAAAUGCUGAAGUGAAGAGAACUCAAGAUCCAAACACCAUUUUCAGAGGAAACUCGUUAACUUCCAAGUGCAUUGAUGAGACAAUGAAACUGGCAGGGAUGCAUUAUCUGCAAGUUACAUUAAAGCCAAUUAUAGAUGAGAUCUGCCAAGUCCAUAAACCUUGUGAAAUUGAUCCUGUGAAAUUAAAAGAUGGUGAAAACCUGGAAAAUAACAGGGAAAAUCUGAGGCAAUAUGUUGAUCGCAUUUUUACUGUAAUUACAAAAUCUGGUGUAAGCUGCCCUACAGUGAUGUGUGAUAUUUUCUUUUCACUGAGAGAAUCAGCUGCCAAACGUUUUCAAGGUGACCUAGAUGUAAGGUACACAGCUGUCAGCAGCUUUAUUUUCCUGAGGUUCUUUGCUCCUGCCAUUCUUUCUCCAAACCUCUUUCAGCUUACACCACACCAUCCAGAUCCUCAGACUUCUCGAACUUUGACGCUUAUCUCUAAAACCAUUCAAACACUAGGCAGCUUAUCAAAGUCUAAAUCUGCCAAUUUCAAGGAAUCUUACAUGGCUACAUUUUAUGACUAUUUCAAUGAACAGAAAUAUGCAGAUGCAGUAAAAAAUUUUCUAGAUCUAAUUUCAUCUUCAGGAAGAAGAGAUCAUAAGAGCAUAGAGCAACCUAUAUUGCUUAAAGAAGGGUUCAUGAUCAAGAGAGCACAAGGAAGAAAACGAUUUGGUAUGAAAAACUUCAAGAAAAGAUGGUUUCGCCUGACAAACCAUGAGUUUACUUAUCAGAAAAGCAAAGGUGAUCACCCUCUGUGUAGCAUUCCAAUUGAAAACAUUCUGGCAGUGGAAAGACUAGAGGAGGAAUCCUUUAAAAUGAAAAAUAUGUUCCAGGUGAUCCAGCCUGAAAGGAGAGUCCUGUAUAUCCAAGCAAAUAAUUGUGUGGAGGCCAAGGACUGGAUUGAUAUCCUCACCAAAGUUAGCCAAUGCAAUAAGAAGCGCCUCACUGUCUACCAUCCUUCAGCCUAUCUCAAUGGCCACUGGCUUUGCUGUAAAGCUACUGCAGAUAACACCCCUGGCUGCACACCCUGCACAGGAGGCCUCCCAGCAAAUAUACAACUGGAUAUAGAUGGAGAUAGAGAAACUGAGCGCAUCUACUCUCUUUUCAACCUGUAUAUGCCAAAAUUGGAGAAAAUGCAAGAGGCCUGUGGGAGCAAAUCUGUGUAUGAUGGACCUGAAGAGGAAGAGUAUUCUACAUUCAUCAUUGAUGACCCUAAGGAGACAUAUAAAACACUAAAGCUGAUUAUCGAAGGUGUUGGAACUUUAGAGCAGGAGCACGCUCAGUAUAAGAGGGAUAAAUUUAAGAAGACGAAGUAUGGAAGCCAAGAACAUCCCAUUGGUGACAAGAGCUUCCAGACAUACAUCAGGCAACAGUCAGAGAUCUCAGCACAUUCCAUAUGAAGUGCAAAGGAAAUCACAGGACAGUGCUGAAGGGUUUAGUGAUGCUAAAUAGCAAAACAAAAGGGAAGCCACACAUGUAGCAAAAUGUAUGGAUAAGUGUCAAGCUUACAAACUUUGAGACUUGGUAAACGUAUUCUCUUUUCAAGAAACUGUUAUAAUAGUUGCUAUGCACUUUAUUCAUCUGGUUAUUGACAGAUGAUAAAACCCUGCCUUCUAGGCAGUUGUCAUGUGUAUUUUUAAAUUUGCUUUGGUUUCUUGGAAUCUAGUGAUCAGUUCAAUGAUCGAGGUGUGUGGACUUCAUCUUGACAACUCCCAUGCAAUUCCUUGUGUUUUGGAAACCAAGCAUGCUGCUAACAUGCAGCAUUUUCUAGAAUGGUUGUUUGUUACUGUUUUUUGUUCCUGAUUAAUGUAUAUUAUGUCACGUCCCCUGCGUGCUCUCUUAGGAAAAGCUUAGUAAUACUUUACUUUUAAUGCCUGCAUUUAGAAGAGAAGCAGAGAAAAAUCCCUCUGGUGUAAUCAUCUACAUUGUAGCUUGUAUUCUGAGCAGGCCAAGGAGCAGGCCUUUUGUUUUUACAGCAGUGUAAUUUUUGCUAACUGUGCACAGUUUUUAAUAGAAAUUCAAAUCUGAAUGGUACUCUUGAUAUUUUUGAGAUACGAAGUCAUUGCUCCAGGCACAUUCAGCAGACUGUUGAUUUGAAGAUGCAAUCUCAGCAGUAUAAUAAAACUGACUUUCAUAAAUACAAGUAAGAAAGAAAUGAACUCAUGUCAAAGCUACUUGUCUCUUUUACACAGUUCAGUGAAUGGUAAUCUUUGAAAGUCUGCCAACUGGAAGGCAAGGUAAGCUGAUUUUGAUGACCUUUUAGCACCACAGUGAGGAGGACAAAUAGAAUAUGAAUCUGGCAGCUGAGACAUGCAGAUUCCCAGGCACAAAAGCCAUCAAGAUGGGUUUGCUCUGAAAGGAUGUUUAUGCACUGGAGUCCAUGCUAUCCUAGUACCACUUGCUUUUCUGGAAAAUAGAUUUCUACUUUUCAAAAAAUGUUUUUAAAUACUUUUUAAAAGAGACUUGUUAAGUGAUAUUUAGCAUAUUAACAUGCAUAAUGAUAACUUGUUAAUACUAUGAGUGUAGUAUAAAUGGAAUGAGCUGUGUAUCUCACUAAUACCAACAAAAGGAGAGGAAUAAAGAUCUUCUAAAUAUUCGAUGCAUAUUGAUGUUUAGUUGUACACCAUAAUUUUUCUCUGUGUAAGGGUCUGAUAUACAAACAUCUAGCUUUGAUGGCUUGGAAGCCUGCAUGAUGGACUUUAGGCCUCUGUGGGGUAGAAGCUAGUACAGGUUUUAAGCUGAGUUGGAUCAGAAAGCAUUGUUCAGUUUAAUGUGAAGAUGUCUGUGUCUUUGGUUCAAGUGUUAAAGAAUAAUUCUUAACUGUGUCCUCAUUGCAUCUGACAUGAUUUAAGAUGGCUAAAGUACUUCAAAUGCCUCUGUUUGUUAGUGAUAUUCUUAGAAAUUAAGUUUUGGUUUUGUUUGAAUAUAUAGUAGACCACCUUCUAGUAGAUGAUAAAUGAUCUUUUAUUCAUCUUUGCCCAGGAGACUGGGGAAAGGGAAGUAAUGAAGCAUUGCAAAGAUGCAUUUAGGACUCCAAGCUUUUAGCUGCCAUGAACUGCAAUUUUUAACAUGUAUUUGUAACUUAAUAUUGUUUAUAAAAUACUAAUGACCUGUAAUGUGUGUUCUAUUGCCAAUUAAAAGAAAUGGUUUAUUUCUGAAAA